AUGGUCGACACUCCGGGCAAGAAGAUCAACUUUUACUUUGCGGUGCAGCUGGGCGGCAACUUUGACAUUGACUUUGAGGUCGAGGGCCCGAACAACCGCGCAAUCUACUCUGGCGAGGCCGAGCGGCAGGGCGACUUUACGUUCACGGCGACGCAGAGCGGCGAGUAUGCAUUCUGCUUCAAGAACGGCCUGGCGACGUUUGCCGACAAGCUGGUGGAGUUUGACAUUUCGGUGGAGGACGAGGCGCGGCCGGACGACAUUUCGAAGCGCGUGGGCCGCGACGAGGUCGCCAACAGCAUCGUGUCGAUUGCCAGCGAGCUGCAGCAGAUCACAAAGUUCAUGAAGUACUUUAGGACCCGCGAGAACCGCAACUUCGCCACGGUCGCUUCGACUGAGUCGCGGGUGUGGUGGUUCUCGGCGCUCGAGAGCCUGUGCGUGGUUGUGGUUGCGGUGAUCCAGGUCUACGCCAUCCAGGCGCUGUUCACUGCCAAGCGGUCGCGGCUGUAA